AUGGAUCAGGGAGGAAAAGCUGGUAAGGACCGCUCCGGUGAGUCCCUGGGCGCCCCAACAGGCACAACGGUGUGGUGCCUGCCGUUUUGUAAUGAUAUUUGCGCUUGCUGUUCUGGUUGUUACAACUGCUGCGAUAAAUGCAGCUGCUGCCCGCAAUGCUGCAGGUGUGGCCCACCUUGCCCAGGGUGCUUCUACUGCAUCCCGUGCGUGUGCUGCUGUUGUCGACCCGUCCCUGGCGGGCUGAGCAUCGAUGAUGGCGAGUUAGUCACAGAGCCAACCGCUGUAGGAGAGGUCCUCGAGGAGAUGGAGGAGGAGGGAGUCGAACAAGAGGCAGAACGGGAGGGAGAUACGGAGGAAGGGGAGGCCCCCCCUCCUUCUGGUGCCACAGGCGUAACGGGGGACGCGGCAGCACAGCGAACCAAAGCUGCAACCAAAAAGAGGGCAAAGGCACAAAUCAAGAAGCGCGCUGCAAAAAGCCAGCCGAAGAUGUUCACUGGAUCUGCAGCAGGGAGUCCCCCUCCACCACCUGAGGCUUGCAUUGGCCCGCCGCCUGAGCCCGCAGAACCGACAACUCCUCUCGGGAUGGGCAUCUAUCUUGUUUAUAGCACUGAAAAUGGGGGCUCCCUUUACAUGAAGUGGAGUAAAACUCCCUUAACUGGUCCGGGUGUCCUGGCAUAUAUCAAGCCGACGAAAGAGGUGGGCGAGUUCAAGUUUCAAAAGAAAGACGGCGUCGAACCCCUGUGCAGCGGCCUCGAGCAAAGCAUGCAGAGCAGCUUUGUCGCUGAUCGCAAAGCGUAUUACGAUGGGUGGGCGACAUUCGUGAAGCAGAUGGACGCCUGGGCGGGCUCCCUUGUUGUUCUUCCUGCGGCGACAAUUCAGCCACCGCCGACAGUCAAGGUCGUUUUGCUUACGCAGAAGAAGAUCCGUCUUCUGGAAGCUGAUACUCCUGUUGAAAAGAAAGAUAUGGACCUGGUUGCUGUCGUUGCUGACAACACUACCAAGUUCGACGUCUCCACCAUGGAACCCUCGGAGUUCGUUGCGUUCGCGAACAAUUUUGGAGCUUCAAUCAGUUUCGUCCCGACCAAGAACUGA